AUCUCGUAAUUCCACUUACUCAUCUUCAACGUGCAAACAUUUCAUCUCAAUCUUCACACUAAUCGAUACCAAUAAUGGCUGCAGCAAACAAGGAUCAGACAAAGGUACUCAAGGAUGCGUUCAACUUGUUUGAUCGCAAGGGCACAGGUAACGUCCCCACUAGCUCGCUCGGUGACUUGUUGCGCUCUGUUGGUCAGAACCCUACUCAAGCUGAAAUCCAAGAAUUGAUCGCCCAGGCUGAUCCUUCAGGCUCCACCAUCAUGAACUUUGAAUCUUUCACAAAAGUCGCGUUGCGCCCUGAUGGAUUUAAACCUGCAGGAACGGCUGCAGAACUGAUUGAUGGCUUUAAGGCAUUUGAUCCCAAUAACACCGGGACUAUCUCAGCCACAGAACUUCGCCAUGUUUUGACAAGCAUGGGCGAGGUAUUGAGUCCGGAGGAGAUUGAUGCCUUCCUUUCGGGCGCUGUGGUGGAUAGCAAUGGAAAUGUCAACUAUGAGAUGUUUGUCAAAGACUUGUUGGCAUAGAUGAGGAUGUUCAGGGAUCGUACUAUAUGAAGAAGAUUAUAUAUACAUAGAUAUUCAAGGAAGAAGCAUGG